CGGAGCGGGGCUGCCCGGAGCCCCGCCGCCCUCCCAUUGUUAUCCAGGGCCGGUGUGCGGGGCCGGUGCGGGGGCUCGGCCAGCCCUGAGCGCCGGGAAGGCGGUCGGUGCCAGGCGGUGCUGCUCGGGCCGGGGAUGGAUGCGGCGGGGGGGCGGCAGCUCCUUUGUGGCUCCGGGCAGGUCACGGCCGCCGUAUCCCACCGUGGUACCCUCGGUCUGUGAAAUUCCCGGUGAUUGCACUUAGUAAGAGAAGCAAGGAGGCUGAGACGGCUUUCCUGAGCGUUUACAAGCAGUUGCUGGAAGCUCCAGGUAAGCAGUGCGGUGGCGACCUGGCUGCCUAACGAGUCGCGCGCCGGCGCCGGUGCCGAGAGGAGCCAGCGAGGACCGCGGCACCCAUCCCCGGCGUGGCCGGCGCAUGGUGCUCUGGAGAUACCAGCCGAAGAGAGGAGAGGAAGCAGCUUUUGCCAUCGCUGUGUUUCAGCCCCUGAGCCAAAUGCAUCUUGACAUUAGGAAAGGAAUACAUUUGCUCAGCCCGUGUAGUAACACUGCGGCUAUUCCCAGUUGUCUUUUUGAUGACCCCGCUCCUGUGCUGGAGGCUGCCCGGAGCCUGGAGGACCGGCUGCAGCAGCUCCAGCGCCUCGAGCCCAACCCGCCUCCCCUGAAGGAUCUCAGCCGCCCCUGGAAAAAGCACACGGAGCUCGGCAGCACCAAAGAGCGCAGGGAGGGGACAUCGCCGGCAGCUGACGGCCUCGACAGCAGAGCACCAAGCACAGAGACCUCAGUGCAGAGAAAUGAGGCAGAGAAGCAAAAGGGGCUCCGGGAAGGACAGGUCACUUUGGCCUCUCGGCUGGGGGAGGCAGAGGAGAAGAUCAAAGUGCUCCACGCAGCGCUGAAGGCCACGCAGACGGAGCUGCUGGAGCUGCGGUGUAAAUACGACGAGGAAGCAGCAUCCAAGGCAGACGAAGUCGCCAUGAUCAUGACCAACCUUGAAAAAGCCAACCAGCGAGCGGAGGUGGCGCAGAGGGAAGUGGAGAGUUUGCGGGAGCAGCUGGCGGCCGUCAACAGCUCCCUCCGCCUGGCCUGCUGCUCCCCGACGGGCACUGCUGGGCAGGACAAAGUGAACUAUUCCAUGUGCUCAGGGUCAAGACUGGAGGCAGCUCUGGCUGCCAAGGACCGGGAGAUCCUGCGGCUUCUGAAGGACAUCCAGCACCUCCAGAGCUCACUGCAGGAGCUGGAGGAGUCCUCUGCCAACCAGAUCGCCGAGCUGGAGGGGCAGUUGGCUGCCAAGAAUGAAGCUAUCGAGAAGCUGGAGGAGAAGCUGCAGGCACAGGCGGACUACGAGGAGAUCAAAACAGAGCUGAGCAUCCUGAAGGCGAUGAAGGUGGCCUCUGCUGGCUGCAGCCUGCCCCAGGCAAGUGCCGUGGCGCGUGCCGACGCGCUGGCCGGGCUGUGCCAGCCCUGCCGCCGGUGCCUCCACCGCCCGUUCCCAUCUCGGCUUGGCUCCUUGCAGAGCAUAUCGAAGGCAGAGGAGGCCCUGCUGUUGGGGAAGGAGGCUUUCUACCCCUCCCAGAAGUAUCUGCUGGAGAAGCCCAGCCUGCUGGCCAACACUGAGGAGGAUCACUCUGAAGAUGAGUCGGGGAAGGAUUCGCUGGGCAUGGAGCAGCCGUACCCAUCCCCCCAUCACGCCCCAAGCGAUGAACCUGUGUCCCCCACUCCCCUCCCACCACUGCCUGGCCCUGGUGGGGCCCCCGAUGGUCCCCGGACUUUUUCUCUGUCCCCCUUCCCAGGGGGUGAGCGGCUUUCAGGGGACCCCAAGGCCCCCCACUGCCCACUGCCCACGUACAAGAGCGAGAGCACUGCCGGGGGACCCUUCCCCUCCUCCUUCUUUGGGGCCAAAAGCAGCACUGUGCACCCUGUGCCUGCCACCAACGCCGCAAGCCCGCCCGGCGAGAACUCCGAGGGCAGCGCCGGCAGCUCCGCCGAGGAGGAGCAGCUGGACACGGCCGAAAUCGCCUUCCAGGUGAAGGAGCAGCUGCUGAAGCACAACAUUGGGCAGCGGGUCUUCGGGCACUACGUGCUGGGGCUGUCUCAGGGCUCCGUCAGCGAGAUCCUGGCGCGACCCAAGCCCUGGCACAAGCUGACAGUGAAGGGCAAGGAGCCGUUCAUCAAGAUGAAGCAGUUCCUCUCCGACGAGCAGAAUGUGCUGGCCCUGAGGACUAUCCAGGUGCGCCAGAGAGGUAGCAUCACGCCGCGGAUCAGGACACCGGAGACCGGCUCCGACGACGCCAUCAAAAGCAUCCUGGAGCAGGCAAAGAAGGAGAUCGAGUCGCAGAAGGGAGGGGAACCCAAGGCACCAUCAGCAUCGCAGGCAGUGGCCAACGGGGCGGGCGGCAGCAGCUCGGAGGACGCCAUCAAGAGCAUCCUGGAGCAGGCGCGGCGGGAGAUGCAGGCGCAGCAGCAGGCACUGCUGGACAUGGAGUCGGGGGGCAACGGGCGCCCCACGGACCCGGCGCCUGCCGAGCGCUCCACGCUGGCCACCGUCAGCCAGAACGUCACCCCCGCCUACGUGAAGCAGGAGGAGGGGAGCGGGGCCAGCCCCGGCCCCCCGCAGACGCCCCUGGCCGUCCUCUCUCCCGCCGCCUUUGUCCAGAGCAUCAUCCGGAAGGUGAAGUCGGAGAUUGGCGACGCCGGCUCCUACUUCGACCAGCACUGGGCGUCGGAGCGCAGCCUGCUCAGCCGGCCCUACACCUCUGUCUCACCUUCGCUCUCCUCCUCCUCCUCGAGCUACUCCAGCAUGGCCAAUGGCCGGGGCUGGCCGCGGGGUGAGCCCGGCGAGGGCGGCACAAAUGAGGAUGAGCUGCCACCGGCGGAUGAGGAGCCCCACCGGCUGUCGGAGAUGAAGGCAGAGGGAGCCGGCACAGAGCCAGCAGCUGGUGGGCGUCUCUCCUACUAUCCCACGUACGUGCCACGGACCCUGAAGCCCACCGUGCCACCGCUGACGCCAGAGCAGUACGAGAUGUACAUGUACAGGGAGGUGGACACGCUGGAGCUGACCCGGCAGGUCAAGGAGAAAUUGGCCAAGAACGGCAUCUGCCAGAGGAUCUUCGGGGAGAAGGUGCUGGGACUGUCCCAGGGCAGUGUGAGUGACAUGCUGUCGCGGCCCAAGCCAUGGAGCAAGCUGACACAGAAAGGUCGGGAGCCCUUCAUCCGCAUGCAGCUCUGGCUGACCGACCAGCUGGGCCAGGGCAUCAGCCAGCAGCCCACACCAUCCCAGGCCAGCCCGGCGGAGCCCCAGCCAUCCCCCUCGCCACCCCCCAGCCCUGCUGAGCACGACAAGGGCUGCCAGGAGCCCCUCACCCUGGCCCUGGAGAGCAGCAAGGAAAACCAGCAGCCUGAGAGCCGGUCGACGCCCACGCUGGGUGGGAAGACGUACCCCAACAGCCAGGGACCCGUGGGCAUCCAGGAGAUCGUUGCCAUGUCUCCCGAGCUGGACACCUACUCCAUCACUAAGAAGGUCAAGGAGGUCUUGACAGACAACAAUUUAGGCCAGCGGCUGUUUGGGGAGAGCAUCCUGGGCCUGACGCAGGGCUCGGUGUCCGAUCUCCUCUCCAGGCCCAAGCCGUGGCACAAGCUGAGUCUGAAGGGGAGGGAGCCCUUUGUCCGGAUGCAGCUCUGGCUCAAUGACCCCCACAAUGUGGAGAAGCUGCGUGACAUGAAGAAGCUGGAGAAGAAAGCCUACCUGAAGCGCCGGUACGGGCUGAUGAGCGCCGGCUCGGACAGCGAGUCCCCCAGCGCCCGCUCCGAGUGCGCCAGCCCCAGUGUGCCGCCACAGGACCUCAGCCUCCUCCAGAUCAAGAAGCCACGGGUGGUGCUGGCCCCGGAGGAGAAGGAAGCCCUGAAGAAAGCCUACCAGCUGGAGCCCUACCCCUCCCAGCAGACCAUCGAGCUGCUCUCCUUCCAGCUCAACCUCAAGACCAACACUGUCAUCAACUGGUUCCACAACUACAGGUCACGGAUGCGCCGGGAGAUGCUGGUGGAGGGCGCUCAGGACAAUGACACGGACCCAGAGCAGAGUGGGGGGACGGCCAUCCCCGGGCGCCGGGCCCCCCACAGCCCCGACUCGGACGCCGAGGAUCGUAAACCCGUGUUCGCGGGGGGCGAGCACCCCUGUGCUGCUGUGCCCGUGAAGGUGAAGGAGGAGCAGGGGGACACAGGUGGCUGGAGCCGCCGGCGGGACUCACACAGCCCGGCCGGGGCGGACGAGGGGACCGGACCUCCCCAGGAGGAGCGGGAGACAGCCCCCCACGCCGCCGCCCCCAGCGCCAGCAGCCUCUCACGGCGGGGAGGCCGUGCCGGUGCCACCGCCGGGGGACCCCCAGCACCACCACCGCCGCACCCCGACAGCUCCCAGUCCUCCGCAGGGUCAUCCCGUUGCAGCUUGGAGGUCUCCCCAACAUCACCCUCGGCGGCUUCCUCACCCGGCCUCACCGGCUCAGCCUCACCGGGACCAUCCUCAGCUGGGCCGGUCUCACCGGCGCUCCCACCAGCUCCCGGCCCCCGGCUCAGCACCAGCGUCCAGCGGCGCCACGAGAAGAUGGCCAACCUCAACAACAUCAUCCACCGCCUGGAGCGGGCUGCCAACCGCGAGGAGGCCCUCGAGUGGGAGUUCUGAACCCCCCCCGCCGCCCUAAAUAUAUAUAUACACAGCCACAUAUAUAUAUAUAUUUUGAUAAAUGCAGUGUGCACCGAGAGGCGAUGCCGGUGCCAGGAGGGGAGCACCCGUGGAGAAAGGGGGUACCCUCCCCCCACCCCUGCUAUGAAGCCACCCCCUGGCUUUGUUUUAAAUGUGAAAAAACUGGGAACAAUUUUAGAAAAGAAAAACAAAACAAAAAAAUAUUUAUAGACCUCUUUUAGAUAUUUUAAUAAAAGGAUACUUUGGAAUUUAUUAACAGCUUAAGCUGCUUUGAUAUUAAAGAUAGCUAUAAAAUCAAGAUGAUGUAGCAGUCGUGUCAUUAAAUGUACACUGAAGUCUUGUAGUUUGCCACUGGAUGAGAUUAAAAACAAAU